AUGAGCAACCUUUACUAUGGCUCGAGUAACACUUCGAGUGGCAACUGCACCAACGUGGACGAUCUUGUGAAACGCUACUAUCUCCCCACCAUGUACAGCUUAAUCUUCAUUGUAGGUGUUGUGGGUAACAUCACUGCUCUGCUGGUCUACAUGGUCAAAGUUCGUCCCUGGAAGAGCAGCACCAUCAUCAUGGUGAACCUAAUCAUCACUGACCUCCUAUUCAUGAUCUGCUUGCCCUUCUUGACCUACUACUACGUCCUUGAUGACUCGUGGACGCUGGGCAUCAUCAUGUGUCGCUUCACGCGCUUCAUCUUCCACUUCAACCUCUAUGGCAGCAUCCUCUUCCUCACCUGUCUGGCCAUUUUUCGGUACGUGGCGGUCGUGCACCCGUCACACGCACACAGCAUCAAGCAGAAGCGUUGGGGAACGUUGGCUUGCGUCCUGGGUUGGGUUGUGGCGGUUGCAGAAAUAAGUCCGGCUUUUAACCAUUUUGACACGGUGAAGCAUAACAACAAAACCUACUGCUUGGAUCUCGCGAGUAACAAUCCAGAAAUCAUCUGGCCGUACAGUUGGGUGUUGACAGUAGUUGGAUAUCUGGUUCCUCUAAUCGUGGUCUGUCUUUGCUAUUGGCGCAUCAUGAAAGAACUAAAGAAGGGUCCUCAUAUGGGAAGCACCAAACGGGUUAGAGCGAGGCGACUCAUUGUGUUGAUUUUGACGUGCUUCAUUGUGUGCUUUUUUCCUUUUCAUGUGCUACGAGCUUUGAGAUAA